GGGGGAGGGGGAGUGUUCAGUAAUUGUUUCCCUCUACCGUAUGUACGCGGCCGGGUGGAAGCUUGAGGAUGGCGUCACGGAAGGUGCUCGUCAGGGUGGGGGUCGGUUAGGCCACGCACGACGAGGCUCAGGAGGGGGAAGAAAUUGGCACGGGCACAAAUACACGUCGACUUCUUCUAAGAUAUGGGAAAUUUGGCAAAUGGAGGAGACGACGAUCAUCGAACAAAGAUUCGGGAAUAUGGGGAAUCCUGGAAUUAGUGUUUAUCUGCCUGUGUCUCCCUGGGCCUCUUUCGAGGCCCUGGCCCCGGCCCGCCCGCCCGAGCGGCCGCGGCCGCGGGUGCCGCAGUCGUCGCUGGCGCAGGCCCCCGGGCUGGAGGAGCAGGUGGCGGACGGGCUGGAGCUGCUGCUCGGGGAGGCGCGGGCCGGGCUCGCCGAGGCCCGGCGGCGGGGCGCCGCCGAGCGGGAGGGCGCCCUGCGCCGGGCCCGCGAGGGCUGCGCGCGGGCGGAGCUGGAGUUCCGGCGGCAGCGCGCGCUGGUGGAGGGCGGCAUCGGCCCCGCGGACGGCCCGGGCGACGGCCCAGCGGCCGUCGAGGAGCUCGCCGCGCAGCUGCGCGUGGAGGCCGAGGCGGCCGCUCGCGGCGCGGGCAGCCUGGUGGAGGCCGCGGCGCCAGGGCCGCCGCUCUUCGAGCAGGUGGCCGAGCUGGUGCAGCGCUGCAGCCUGCAGCCCGGGGCCACCGACAGUGCGACGCAGCGCCGCGGGCUGGCGGCAGUGGUGGGACUGGCCGACCUGCUGCUGGAGUACGAGCGGGACUGCCUGGCCAUGAGGAUGGCCCUCUCGGGGGACGAGGCCCAGGAGGUUGGCGACUGGAUUGAACGGGUGGCCAGGCAGAUCACCUCGCAGGAGGGCGGCGUCCAGGAGGCCCUGCGGCCAGAGUCGCUGGCGCACCAGCUGCGCUCGGAGAACGAGCUGCUGCGGGAGGCCCUGCGCCAGUGACGCCCGAAGCGGGGUGCGGCAGGCGCUCGUCGUGGCGGCGGGCGGCCACGGUGCGGACCUUCGAGGCGGAACGCAGCCAGAAACAACAGAA